AUGUCGGGAGACUCUUCUCCGGAUUCCUAUAAUUCUGACUAUUUACCGGUGGAUUUGGUGGUGGCCGAGGAACCGAACAGCAGUGGUGUGGUCAGUUUGAUGGAAAGAUGCGCGGUUUGUGGAAGACCGGCGUUCUGUUACAAUUAUGGGGUCCUCUCCUGCAAUGCGUGCAAAAUGUUUUUCCGACGAGUUGAAGUGGAUCGAAUCACAUACACGUGUAAAUAUUGGAACAAAUGUUACGACGGACACGAGUUUGUUGAUGUGAGAAAGAAUGCUCCACGCUGCAGGUCGUGUCGGUAUCAACGUUGCCUUGAUGUAGGGAUGAAGUAUAUCCAACCGGGGAAGCCUGAACUAGAGCUGAUAAUUUCGUCGAGGAUAGAUGAUGAGAUCACAUCGGUUAUCGGGAAUCUUCUAUUCCUUGACUCCAGAAGACGUCACAAAAUAUUCAACUAUUACACGUCGGAAGAUACAACGCUGAAAGAAAUGGUGACGAGGAGUAAGGGAUCGAGGAUGGCUUUGAAGAAGGAGGGACAAGUGAUACAGCUUCAUGAAUGGAGUUUUCUAGCGAUUUAUGCUUCGGUGGAGAUGUUUAUGAGUCUGGAUUUUAUGGAGAAUAUAGGUAGUGACGAUAAGAUCAUCCUGCUCCGCAACUUUGCUCUGAAAUCAAUGCUCCUCUCCAGUGCCAUGAGAUCCCUUGCCGCUAACAUCGACCGAGUUAUGACUCCUGAUGGAAAGGAUGUUUAUCCGGAUUUCAUGUACAAAAUGUCAAUGUUCUCGCACGCGUUUCUCGAUGGUAUCCGUAGCCGGUUGGUGGUCCGUUUGAUGAAUCUGAAAGUCACCAAUGAGGAGCACGUCUUGUUGAAUAUGCUCUUCUUUUGCUAUCCAGCACAUUCCUUAUCUUCUAACGCCAAGAAAAUGGUCUCCGCUCGUCAGCGAGUCUACAGUUCCGCCCUUCUCAAGUACUGUCUCCUCACAUAUCAACACUCCGGCCCAUCUCGAUUCACCGAUCUCCUUUCGAUCAUUCACGUAAUCAAUAAGCAAGCAGAAGACGUGAACUAUCUGACAACUCUAUUCCAAUUGUACAUGCCGGGAACAGAAUAUAGAAAACUGUUUGUUGAAGUUUGUCACAGUUGA